GAUGCUGCCUCGUCGGGAGGCGAUGUGGCCUGGCGCCUGAGCGCACAGGAAGUCAAGAUUGUCAAGGGCCGACGAGCAGGGUGGUAGUAAGGACCCCUUCCACCCCCCAGUGUAAUACCACGUGGCCGGAAAUCAAAAAGGCUGCAGAAAGUGGAGAGAGGGAGACGCUAUAUUGUGUUGUUUGUUCGAGCGCGCGUCUGAAUGAGUGCAACGACGACGAGUGCGACGCGGCAAUCAGCUAGGAAACCGUCUUGGCCGGGGGGUUUACAGGAGAGAGGAGCAAUGUCUCGACCGAGACCCACGCCCCGAGUUCGAGAAAAGAGUUCAUCGGCGGCGUCGACGGCAACACCCUCUUCUCUUGACGUGCCGGCGAGCACUGCAGGGCCGAUAUCGAGCGGCCGGACGCUGCCGCCGGCGAGAACGCAGUUCACAGAUGAUGACGAGGACUCCUUCUUCACGAGAAGAGCCGUCAGGCCUAUGGUGGUGUCGAGCGGAGAGAGCUCUCGGAGUAGUGACAGCGAGCGCAGCAGCUCAGGCGACAGUGAGGACGGGAAGAGGAGAAGGAGACGGAAGAAGAGCAAGGGGCCGCUUGGACGGGAGAGUCAGAGCAAGGAGAGCGAUGGACUAACGGCAGCUGCGGUCGAGAAGGGAAAGGGGCCCGGUCGCGACGAUGGAAUACGUGCUGAGGCGGAAGGGCGGGAAGAGCGUAGAGUGAGGGACAGGUCGAGCAGCCUGACGCCUCCUCCGGAGCUGGAUAGCCAAGUAAAGGCUAGGAUACAGCAGUUGGUCGAGAUGAGGACAAGAGGGGAAUCUCGAGGCCAGGAAACGGAAGAUUCGGACGAGGAAGAUGCAGACGAAUCAUUGCCGCUCAAUUUGGAAGAGCUGGACCCGGAUUUGAUACGAAACGCGAGGGGGAAGAGGGGAAUCGAGCUGAGGAAGAGGUACAAGGAGCUCGAGGAAGAGAGAAGAAGGCGCGGCAAGCUCGACACUGCUCAAAAAGUGCUCAGUACGCGCGGUGGACCGGAAGAGAGGGAGAGCAGCCAGGACGCUAGACCACGCAAAAGGAGCAAGAGCAAGAGUGCAUCGCUCGAAGAGGGGCGAAACUCCUCUGCACGUCGGACAGUGACACCGCCAAGGAAUGUGCAGGCGAUAGUCAUUGAUGACGAUAGUGGCUCGGACUUCGAGCCUCCUUCACAGGGGACAGUGCCGCAGGCUCAGUCAAGGACACGGUCGCAGAGGCAGCAGCAGCAGCAACGCGCGAAGAAUGACUCGAGCGACUCGGAGGUUGAGUUCAUCUCCGCUCUGCAAACGCAAUCAUCUGCGCUCCGAUCCCAGGCUCAGCAAGGCCCUUCGGUGGGCAGCAGUAGCCGCGUCGCUGUGCCGCUUGCUUCGAGGCCACCAGCGCCGAAACGGGCGGAACCAGAGGAAAGGGAGCCUAUCAGUGCGAUGUCAACUGAAGAACGCAUCACAGUCACGCUCAGGGGCGGUGAGGGCGGCAUCUACAAGAUUCCAGUCAAGGUCAAAAAGACGACGUUGGUCUCCAAGCUCCGCGCCCACUUCAUCGAUACAAAGAAAGACGUCCUUACGCCCGCCCAGGCGGCAAAAGUCAGACUGCUGUUUGAUGGAGAGGUGCGUUGUUUCAUUCAGUUUCGAUCUCCCAGCGCUGAUAUGUGUGCCGGCUCAGGUCCUCGACGGCAAGCAGACGAUUGCAGACAUCGAGGUCGAGGACGACGAUCUCAUCGAUGUCGAGUGGUGACGGCACACACGCAUGCAGGAUGUGAUGUGCAAUGACAAUACAAUCGAAAGAGGACCUUCGCCUCGGUAUAGCAGUACAGUGUGGGGCCGGA